UCGAGCUCAUACACCGUUAUCUAUCUCUUCGAUCAUCAUCCAUCCAUCUUUCGAAUUUGAAGUCGUCGAUAGCGAGUGACCGGCGAUCACAGUGCAGCGAUCGAUCGAGCAAGUUUGAUCGACUGUUAGCUAGCAGCAAUGGGGAACGUGGAGGCGACGCCGUUCGCCGUCUCGCCGGAGCUCGGCGACGCGCUGGCCAAGGUGGCCGUGUUCACGCUGGUCCAGGCGCUGGUCUACCUGAUCCUGCGCAAGUCGUCGGACGUCUUCGCGCCGGGGAGGACGGCGAGGUCGCUCAGCUUCCGGCCCAUGCGGAGCAUGAGCGUCCACCGCGUGUUGGCCGCGUUCUCCGACGUCCCCGUCGGCGUCCCGGAGGACGGCGCGCCGGCGACUUCGCCGCUGGAUAAUCCGGGGGCUGAUGACGAGCGUGCGAGCUGGCUCAAGUGAUCCUUCGGUUCGAUGGGUUUCUCGGCGGCACCUUGAUUAAACAAACUUAGUGAUCGACCUAUCCUAUGCCUAACUAGUACGUACUAGCAGGAAUUACGCAAACCUAAAAAUUUCAUUUAUUACAUGUAAAAAUGGUAGUAUUUGAGGUAUGAUGUGUAUUCGUGUAUGGUACUAUGAAUGUACAGAUAGUUUGUGUAUGGAGCUCUCUGCAGUUUUAAACCUU